GCUGCACCGACAUUUGAAAUAUCUACUAGCUUACAAGAUGCAGUCAAAAAUAGUCCAGAAUCAAGAAUACCUUAUGUUGUGCUUAGAGGUACUGUAAAAUGUAUGGGAGCUCCAUUAACAAGCAAAAAUAGUCCAAAUAUUUCUGGGGCAGUGCAAAGAGUGACAAUUAGCGAACAUAUUGUGACACGAGCUUCAGCAGGGUUUUGGUCUGAGCAGACAAGACCAUUACAUGUUUCACAAAAUGUAGCUCCAUUUUCAUUGUUCAAAGAUAAUUUUGAAGUUGAAGUCGAAGAUGCAUUGUCUGCUGAACUUUUAGAUAUGGAUAUAAUUUGGGACAAUUAUGAACCUAGUCAACUUGGAAUGAUAGAUCAUAUUUGGGGUUUCUUUUCUGGAGUUCGACAGAAAGGACUCCAAAGCACUGAGGAAAUGCUACGAGAGGGUGCCCUAAUAACAGGUAUUGGAGAGUUAUCAACAUGUGAUGGGAGUUUGAAACUGCAAUUACCAAAAUCUGGACAACCUCUGUUUCUAACAACAAUGACGAAAAGUGGACUAGUUUUUAAACUGACUGCUGGGCAAAAUAAUAUCAGAAUGAUCUGUGUAUUCUUAGGAGUUAUAGGUGUUGUGUUAUGUAGCUUACUAGCUAGAAAAUUUUUGGAGAAAAAAGAAAAAGAACGUAAGGAUUUGAGGCUUAAAGAUCGCUUAGAAAAAACUAGGCGAGAACGAAGAGUAGCUGCGAGAGAUAAAAAUUUAUCUGGAGAUCAAUUAUGUAUAGUUUGUGUACACAAUCCUAAAGAGAUUAUUUUACUUCCCUGUGGACAUGUUUGCUUAUGCGAAGAUUGUUCUACACAAAUCACCGAUGCUUGCCCUGUGUGUCGUGAGGCAAUUGAACAAAAAGCAGCUGCAUAUAUAUCGUAA